CAACCCGCCGAGACCAACGCCCUGCAACCUGCAACCCGCAACCUGCAACCCGUCCCCACACCAAAUCUUCUGGCUUCGACCACGACAGCACGCUCCGCCCUCGACAGCCCCUCCCACACAAUGGCCCCUGCUUCAUUUGCCUCGGCGGCUGCCGGAAACAACGCCAAUUCAGCGCGCGCAGAAGCGAGCGGCGACUGGGCGAGACGCACCAACGGUGCCACGCAGACGUUCCGCCGACCCUCACACGCGACCAGCCUGUCCGGCUCAACAAGCCAACCCGCCCCACGAGACGCCCCUGCCCCACAGACGCCUUCGACGAGUGCCGGCGUAUAUGUCCCUCCACAUGCACAGCCCGGCCGCAAUGGCGCUUCGUUCGAGGGCCGGUACUCGCGAGACCAACUGACGCAGCUCUUCCGGAUACAGCAACAGGCCGGCGACCUCAACCAUGGACUCUCAGAUCUGUACAUGGGCGCAUGGGAGCCGCACGCCACCAACGGCGCCGCGAGCGCUUCCUGGGGCCGCAAGGAUGAUCAUGGUGGUGGCAGGGAGGCGCCGAGCGGGGUCGACCAGUGCUGGGACAAGGACGGCGCCAUACUGCCACUGAGCCUGACCGACAUGACCGACGACGAGAGAGAGAUGUUCGUUUCGUCUGUAAACUCGCCGCUGAAACCCCCCACGCAGAACACCACCAAGGACGGCACCCCCAAAGAAGGUCUUUCGCUGCGCAAGACGUCGGUGUCGCAAGGCCCAGGCACCCCGUACGGCCUGUCGUCGCCCACGGCCGCGCGACCGGGUGCUCGACGCCGCGAUACCGGCGACGCCUAUCCGUUCCCUUCGUCGCCCGCCACGUCGCGAUUCGUGCGCGAAGAGGGUAGUGCCGUUACCCCGCCGCCUGCUCUGGUACGUCGUCGGACAGACUACAAGGAAUCCGCAGAGGGUCGCCAGGGCGAAGAACGCGAUCGGGAAAAGGGCGCUGCCGAGGGCGCAGGUGCGUUUGGCUCGGCCAAGCGCAGCACGACGGCGCCCUUCAGCCCAGGUGUCGGUGCAUCGCCCUGGUCUGCAACGCCGGGUGGUGGCUUUGGUGUAUUCGGAAGCUUUGCCAAUCCGCAAUCAGAUAAGAAGUCUGGCUACGGCAGUCUGCGCGGUGAGAGCCGCUUCAAGGGCCUGAUGGGUAAGCCCAGCGUCGAGGACUUGGCCAACGGCCCGAAAGACAAGUCGUCGGCCAACAGCCUGGGCAAGCUUAGCGAGGGGGAGGCGUCGAAAAAUGAUGCAUCGUGGAUGGAGGCCCGCACUAACCGGCCAAUGAGCAGCGACACUGAUCCUUUUCCUGACCAUGACCACCCAACGGGCAGUGCUGCGCUUCGCGGCGAAGAUGUUAGUCCGCCCCGAUCUCAAGGCUUCGGUAAUUUUGCAACGCCCCACCGCCCAGACCACCGUGACGACUCUGGAUUAUCUGCUUUCGGAAUGACUACCGACAACAUGUAUGCAAAGAACAAUUUUGCAGACCAGUCGCCCCUUCGCGCAGGUGGGAAUGAGCCCAUGAGCCCGACGGACACCAAUCCCUACCAGAGCCCGCACCAUGCACGGGAUCAGCACGACGACUCGGACGACUCGGGCGAUCCAAAUGCCCACUUUCCUGGCAUGAGCAGCUUUCAUAUUGACCAGUCUGUCCACUCGAGCAUUCACAAUGCCUUUGGCGGCCUGGGAGGCCUUGGGAAGCCGGUACCGUUCGAGACGGCAGCAAGCGAUCGCAGCCAGACGUCUAGCGUGGGACCCAAUCGAGGCUUCCCGACUUUGCCUGGCCUUGGUGGGGGUCUGCCUGGCCUGGGAGGCUCUUCAGCCUGGCCCUCGCACACGCUGGGCACUCCCACCCGCGAGCGUGGCGGCCUGGGGGGCUUUGAGGCUGCCUUUGGAAACGUAGCUGAGGCUCAGUCACCUUCUCUUGCCGGCCUGGGCAACAGCUCGCUGUUUGGCCAUGGCCACAACACGGUAGGCCGCUCCAGCAGACUCGGCUCUCUGUUCCCCGCUUCGAUGCAAGAGCAAAUGCGCUCCAACGAUCCGAAUCGAGCUCCCGUUGAUGACAGCUCUUCGCACGGUGACCGCCAGUACAGCAUGACUGGCACGUUUGGAAGAACUGCUUUUGGUGGCCAGGCACCGGCACGUGAUACCGACAGUCCCUUCCGCGCAAACCGCAAUCUCUUCGAUGAUUUCUCCAACGCCCACCAUGACGACCACGGCUCUGCGGGGCAACCCCAGAACAUGGCUACCACGUCGCUUUCCAUGGCUGCCUUGAACCCGACCAGGACCGCGCAGCCCUCGACUCCAGGCGUCGGCAGUCCUGCUUCCAGCCAGCCUCCGGUGCCCCAGCAACGCAUGAUGGUCAUGCCUGACAGGAUGAGGUGGAUCUACCGUGACCCCUCAGGCAAUGUCCAAGGUCCAUUUUCUGGUCUCGAGAUGCACGACUGGUACAAGGCUGGCUUCUUCUCGCCCGAGCUGCUGGUGAAGAAGGCAGAAGAGCCAGACUAUGAGCCUCUUGCCCAGCUCAUCCGUCGCAUUGGCAACUCACGUGAGCCUUUCCUGGUGCCCCAGAUUGGCAUUCCUCACGGCCCUGCCACCACUCAGCCCGGCAACUCUUGGGCUGGUGCUGGUCCCAGCGCUGUCAAUGCUCCGGGAGCUCAGCCUCCAUUUGCAAACAGCUUCCCGAGCUUCGGGACCACGCUUACUGCCGAGCAGCAGAAUGCCCUCGAGCGUCGGAAACAAGAAGAGCAGUACCUGAUGGCUCGUCAAAAGGAACAUCUAGCCGCCCAGCAACAAGCGCUUGCCCGCCAAGUUCAGAUGGGUGUACUGCCAAACCAGCUCAAUCACCACUCGAGUGCGCAUAGUCUGCAUAGCCAGCCCAGUUUUGGUAGCAUCACAUCGCCUGGCGGAUACCAGCCAUCGCCUCCUCAGGGAGCUGCGCCCGGGGCUUCUGUUCCUGGUCUCAUAGACGGUGCCUUUAGGCCUGGCCCUGGCCCUGUGCCCGGUUUAGGUCCCAUUGGACCAGGCAUGGACAUGCUGAAUAACCGCAGAGAUCAAGAUGUCCCUGCUAUGAUGGAGCGUCUCAACUUGGGACGCAACAAUCAGCCGCAGUAUGCCUUUGGACAGCAACAGGACCCUGAUGCGCACGCCCAAUACGUAGCCUCAGUGAUUGGUGACCGGGCUCGCCUUAAGCGCGAACAAGCUGAGCACGACGCCAUGAUUCGUCAAGGCAGCGCUGAAGACAUGCAAGCUGCUCGCAACUUUGCUGAGCGCUAUGCCGAGUUCAACGAGUUGCGCGUCCAGACAGACAUGGAGCAGUCCAACGCAGUGCCUCCGCCAGAGGGUGUCAUUGGAAAGCCUUCCUCUUCGUCGGCUCAGCAAUCGCAACCAGCUUCUGAGCCUACAUCCCCUGAGCGCGCAGACGCCGAGGAACAGCAGCCUGAGAACAAGGAAGAAGUGGAGGACGAGUCUUCUACUGCGCAAGAGCCGCUGUCCCUCACUGAACAGGUGCAAAAGGCUGCUUCUGCUAAGCAGUCUCCUCAGCCUCCGACCGCAUGGAACAAGGUCGAGCCCGCCAUCUUCCCAUUCCCACCAGCGCCAUCUCAGUCCCCUCUUCCUGCACCUGCAGCCCAGAGGAAGCCAAUUGUUGCUGAGAAUCUCAACGCCGAGUCUCGCUCGGGCGCCGCAACUCCAGCUGCCGACACCCCAAGCGUCUCGAUUGCACCCUGGGCCAAAGAACCCGUCAAUGCAUCCCACGGACCGUCUCUUAGGGAAAUCCAGGAGAUGGAGGCCAAGAAGGCAGCCGAGCGCGAGGCUGUUGCAACGGCAGCCCGCCGUGAAGCUUUUGAGAAGGAACUCCAAGCUCAGAACCAGUCGCCUGCAACACAGCCUGGCCUGCCUUCCAGCUCGACUUGGGCAAGUGGUGCUUCGCCUGUCACGCCUAAUGCAGCCAAUGCGUCUGUAUGGACCAAGCCUGCGGCAAGCAAGGCUACUCCACAGCCAACCCCGAGUUCAAAGAAGACGCUCCAGCAAAUUCAAAAGGAAGAGGAGGCUCGAAAGCAACGUGCCGCCGCUCAGAAUGUCGCUGCAGCCAGCGCAUUCGCAACUCCCGCCCCACCUCCAUCUGGUGGAAAGCGGUAUGCUGACUUGGCGGGCAAGAGCACUCCCACGCUGCCUGCCGGACCUGUGGGACCUCCUGGUAGUAGUCCAUGGACUACUGUCGGCGCAAGUGGCAAGGUCAAGGCACUAGGUGGUACAACGACGCCCGUUCCCGGUGCCGUUCGCUCAGCCAGUUCUACUAUAGUGCCUUCUCUUGCCAAGAAGCCCAUUGUCACCCGCAGCACUACUGUGGGUGCACCACCAGGAAAGCCCAAUGCUGAGGAGGAGUUCCGAAAGUGGGCCGUCAAUGAGCUCCGACAUGAUCUCAACAAGAACAUUAAUGCCGAGGAUUUCGUCUCAUCCCUCCUGAGCUUCCCCGCUGAUGCAGAACUCAUUACUGAGUCGGUUCACUCUGCCUCUAGCACGCUCGACUCUCGUCAUUUCGCCGAAGAGUUCCUUCGUCGCCGCAAGCUCGCUGAGAAAGGCAUCAUUGAUGAGCGCAACACUUCCUCUCCUGCCGAGAACAAGGCCGCGGGCAGCGGUUGGUCUGAAGUUGCCAAGAAGGGCGGCGCCAACACGGCCCAGCAGCAGCCUCUAGACUCUAGCAACUUCAAGGUUGUUGCUCCCAAGAAGAAGACCAAGCGGUAGAUGUGUUGGGAUUUAUCGUCUUGACGCAUUGGAAAGACUUUCUUUCAAGUUUAUGGUUGGUCGUGCAGGUAUGCGAGGGAGGCGUGAUUCGCAAGAGACAGAAAAGCCAAAAGUUGUAAGGGGACGAAAGAAAAUCGUGUGACAUGACAGGACAAUGUUGUGAGCAGUUAUCGAGCUGGUUCGUUGCUUGUAUGGUGCUCACGACUUUGUUCUCUCGUAUGGGGCACUAUGCGCGUGUGUCAAUAUUACUUUUUCAAAGUUAGUAGUUACCACUCAUUCGUUCUAGAAAUACUACUUUGUUC